CCGACCAUAAGUCCCUCAUCACCCUUCGGCCUUCGUCUUUAGACUUUGCCGUGGAAGAAUUCAAUACUUUGUGUCUGUGCGUCUCGGCUUGCGUUUGGUGGGUUCAAUUAUGGCUCUUUUCAAGAUUACAACUUCUAAAUUAGUUGAAAUUCAGAAAAUAUGCCCAACGGCAUCUAUUCUGCUCCGCAACUUGAGUGCGGAGAACACAAACCUUAAGAGCGUGCUGCAGGAGAAGAUUCCAAAGGAACAGGAGAAGAUCCGCGAGCUCCGUAAGAAACAUGGCGCCACCAAAAUGGGAGACGUCACCGUUGACAUGAUGUACGGUGGAAUGCGCGGAAUCAAGGGUUUGAUCUGCGAAACAUCAGUCCUUGACGCUGAUGAAGGUAUCAGAUUCCGUGGUCUCUCCAUCCCCGAGUGUCAAAAGCAACUGCCCAAAGCCAAGGGUGGUGACGAGCCUCUGCCCGAAGGUCUUUUCUGGCUUCUUGUCACUGGGGAAGUUCCCACCGAAGCCCAAGUCGCUGCGAUAUCCAAGGAAUGGGCUCAAAGGGCGGAAUUACCAGCCCACGUCGUGACAAUGCUGAACAAUAUGCCAACCAAAUUACACCCAAUGUCGCAAUUUUCGGCUGCCGUUACUGCCCUUAACAGCGAGUCUAAGUUCGCUCAAGCCUACUCUGAGGGUGUGCACAAGUCCAAGUACUGGGAGUAUGUUUACGAAGACGCAAUGAACUUGAUCGCUAAGUUGCCCGUGAUUGCCGCAACCAUCUACCGCAAUGUUUACCGCGAUGGAAAGGGAAUCGGUGCCAUUGACGAGAACAAGGAUUGGUCAGCUAACUACUGCACCAUGCUUGGCUUCGACGACGCACAGUUCACUGAACUAAUGCGUCUCUACCUCACCAUUCACAGUGACCACGAGGGUGGAAAUGUAUCAGCCCACACAACUCACUUGGUCGGUUCAGCUCUUAGCGACCCUUACCUGUCAUUCGCUGCUGGACUUAAUGGUCUGGCUGGACCACUCCACGGUCUCGCCAACCAAGAGGUAUUAAUCUGGUUGGAGAAGCUCCGUAAGCAAGUUGGUGACAACUUCACAGAGGAGAGCCUGAAAGAAUUCAUCUGGAAGACCCUGAAGUCUGGUCAAGUUGUUCCUGGAUACGGACACGCUGUGCUCAGAAAGACUGACCCUAGAUACACAUGCCAACGUGAAUUUGCCCUCAAGCACUUGCCCAACGACCCAUUGUUCAAACUGGUGGCUGCCGUUUACAAAGUUGUCCCACCAAUCCUAACUGAGCUUGGCAAGGUCAAGAACCCAUGGCCCAAUGUUGACUCGCACUCCGGUGUAUUGCUACAGUAUUACGGUUUGAAGGAGAUGAACUACUACACUGUUAUGUUCGGUGUCUCCCGUGCAUUGGGUGUUCUUGCACAACUUGUCUGGUCUCGCGCCCUCGGAUUCCCUAUCGAAAGACCAAAAUCCUUCAGCACUGACGCCCUCAUCAAACAACUUGGAAAAUAAGUUCAAUAUCAAGUUUAGAACAAAACCCCAAUUCAUAUCCAUAGCCCCAUUACAGUACUUAUAUUUAUUCCAAGAAUGUAGAAGGCACUUUUGUAGAUUAACUGCCAAUGUAGUGAACAUGAUAUGAAUAUAAUCACAAUAAAUGAGGGUUUACAAAUUUGUGAAAUUUAUUUAAAUUGUGGGGUUGCGGUUAAUAAAAGAUCAUUGGUUUUGGAUGAAAUUUUGUAUAAGUAAAGUUGCACCACACUUAUUAUUUCUAUUUUGUUUUUGUAGACUUAAGAAUAAACGCGAAAUUAUCAUUGUUUUUGUGUACUUAUGUCUGUGAUUUAUUAUUUUAGAUUUUUCUCUGAGUGGUCAAACCAACAGUGUGGUGUUUAUAUGGGCUUAGAAUAGAUCAUUAGCCAACUGUAUGCUAUAUAUUGUUGAAUCAUGUCCUUGUUCUUAUUCAUAUUUAUAAAUACAUCUAUUGUAUUUUUUUUUGUCGACCUUUGAGUGUUUCUUUUGUCUACUUACUUUGUCUAUUUUUGUGUUUCUUUUCUAAAAACACAAUUUUUUUAAAUAACUUUUUCCCAUUAAAAUUUUAAUAAACAGCCUAAAAUAUGUUAUAUGAUCUUGGACAUUUUUGAAUGAAUCACAAUUGCAUAUUCAGUAUUUUUAAUUUUCAUUGUACUUAGAUUAAAACUUUCUUUAAAAUGUCAUAUCUGUAUUUCCAUACAUAUAUAACAUUUUAUACUAUUUGAUAAAUACUAUUUAUUUGACAUUGAUACUUGUAGUCUAAUUUAUUUUCAAGUUACCAAAGUAUUGAAUUAUUUAUUAUUCAUUUCACAUAAAAGUUUUGGGUCAUGUCAUCGUAAUGGAUUUAGAUAUAGUUCACUGUAGAUGGAAACUGGGCAGCAGUUAUGAACUAAGAUUGAUUCAAAUUGACAAUACAAUAAUUAAAGGAAGUAAUAUUCAACA